CUAAUAAUACCCACGUUAGGACACAGACGUAGGUUUUUUCAAUUGAUCAGUUGCGAAAGUAGGAAAGUUUUGAUCUUUUAAUUUUUAUUUUUUGUUUUCUCAGCGAAUGAAUUAAACAAUGGCAAUGAAUUCGAAGAGCGACGCCCUUCUACCAAUUACGUUGACCGAUCCUCCGUCGAGGGCUCAAGAGAAACUCUUCAAUGGAUCCGCCAUGACUAAGGGCGGCGCGUAUGCCGCAAUCUCUUAUAUGAUUUGUGCUGUGUUCUUGGUGAUGUUCAAUAAGGCUGCUCUUUCUUCAUACAACUUCCCUUGUGCAAAUGUCAUCACCCUUUGUCAGAUGAUUUCUUCAAGCUGUUUUCUUUAUGCUCUAAGGCGCUUAAAUCUCAUUUCUUUUAGUACAAACGAACCUGUCGCGGCUCUCACUGAUACUUCCAAAACAUCGGUACCAAUCAAGACAUUGGUCAACACUUCCCCUCUUUCUCUAACCUAUUUGCUUUACAUGCUAGCCUCUAUGGAGUCUGUCCGGGGAGUAAAUGUACCUAUGUAUACAACCUUAAGGAGAACUACAGUUGUAUUUACAAUGAUGCUCGAGUAUAUCCUAGUGAGGCAGAGGUAUACACGCCCUAUUCUUGGAAGUGUGGCAUUAAUUCUAGUAGGUGCCUUCGUAGCUGGAGCUGGGGAUUUGUCGUUUGACUCCUAUGGCUAUACAGUUGUUUUGUUAUCCAACAUCGCCACUGCAGUAUACCUCACUACCAUAGCUCGCAUCGGAAAAUCUAGUGGCCUCAAUAGCUUUGGUCUCAUGUGGUGCAAUGGAGUUUUGUGCGCACCCAUUUUACUGAUGUGGAUAAUUUUCCAAAAUGACGUGCAAAUGACAAUGAAUUUCCCGUAUUUGCUAUCUCCUGGAUUCCUAGGGGUGUUGGUUAUGUCCUGCAUACUGGCCUUUUUCCUCAACUAUACUGUAUUCCUCAACACGACUCUCAAUUCUGCACUCACUCAGACAAUUUGUGGUAAUAUGAAGGACUUUUUCACAGUUGCACUCGGCUGGGUAAUUUUUGGUGGACUGGCGUUCGAUUUAGUGAAUGUAUUUGGGCAACUCCUCGGGUUCAUCGGCUCUGUAAUGUAUGCCUAUUUUAAGCUUAUUGGGAAAUGACAGAUUGCUUCAUCUAACAACAUUCACAACUUACUGGAAAUAUGACUGCCGAUUAGGAAUUUUUUUAACUGC